CUUUUCUACAGUCAUCAAAUUCUCUCUCUUCUUGCAUUCAAAUCUCUGACCUCUCAUCUCAUCCCCUGCCUUGUCUCCUCUUCUUCCAGAUUCCUUCUCUCACCUCUGCUCGUUACCCCCAUUUUCUUUUUGUUCUUUUCUGGGUUUCUUCCAUUUCCAGGAGACAACAAAGGGUUCAAAUUUGGCUCAUUUUUGCUGUUGUUGUCGUAGGAAAGAUCUGUAGUUAAAGAAGAAGAGAAGGGUAGUUCUAUUGUUGUACUUUCAUGGGUCUCUUCCAUUUCUGUUCAUUGUUUAAGAAUUAAAAAGGGGUUCAAAUUUUGGUUAAUUUGAAGUUUUUGUAAGAGAGAUCUGUUUUUGUUGUUUUGGGGAAGAGGAAGAAGAAGAAGAGGGGGGUUUCCAAAGUAUAUGAGAAAGCUUCUUAAGGGGAGUAUUAGCUCUGAAGUUUUUCAAAGGGAUUCGCCGAAGUUCUUGUUGGGGAAAUGCGGCUGAUUUUCUGUUCUUCUUGAAAGAUAUAUACCCAACAAAAUACCCAUUUAUUUACCCCUUGUUUACCCUUCAAUUUUGUUGGGGGAUUUGUAGAAAAUUUACGAUAAUUUUAGGGUUCUUCUCUACUUCGUGAUCUUUAAUUCAUACUUGAAAUCACAACAAGAUGCAGCAAGAUCAGCGCAAGAAGGGUGUAAAAGACACAGAAUUUUUCACCGAUUAUGGUGAUGCAAAUAGAUACAAAAUUCUUGAAGUUAUUGGGAAAGGAAGUUAUGGAGUUGUUUGUGCUGCAGUUGAUACACAUACAGGGGAAAAAGUUGCCAUUAAGAAAAUAAAUGAUAUUUUUGAGCACAUUUCUGAUGCCAUCCGAAUUCUCCGAGAAGUAAAACUGCUGAGGCUGUUGCGCCAUCCAGAUAUAGUUGAGAUCAAACGCAUUAUGUUGCCUCCAUCGAAGAGAGACUUCAGAGAUAUUUAUGUUGUCUUUGAGCUUAUGGAGUCUGAUCUUCAUCAAGUCAUUAAAGCUAAUGAUGACUUGACUUGCGAGCACCAUCAAUUUUUUCUUUAUCAGAUGCUGCGUGCCCUUAAAUAUAUGCAUACAGCUAAUGUCUAUCAUCGAGAUCUUAAGCCCAAGAAUAUUUUGGCUAAUGCCAAUUGCAAACUUAAAAUUUGUGACUUUGGCCUAGCUAGAGUAGCUUUCAACGACACUCCGACUACAGUAUUUUGGACGGAUUAUGUUGCUACUAGAUGGUAUAGGGCUCCAGAACUUUGUGGAUCAUUUUUUUCUAAGUACACCCCAGCCAUCGAUAUUUGGAGCAUUGGAUGCAUUUUUGCUGAGGUGCUGAUGGGUAAACCGUUGUUUCCCGGUAAAAGUGUUGUUCAUCAGCUAGAUUUAAUCACUGAUCUUCUGGGUACACCCUCGACUGAUGUAAUCUCUGGGGUACGCAAUGACAAGGCACGCAAAUACUUGACAGAUAUGCGGAAAAAGCAGCCUGUUCCAUUUUCUCACAAAUUUCCAAAUGCUGAUCCCUUAGCUUUGCGGUUGCUACAGAGAUUGUUGUCGUUUGAUCCAAAGGAUAGACCAACUGCUGAACAGGCACUAGCUGAUCCGUACUUUAAAGGCUUGUCUAGAGUAGAGAGAGAACCUGCAUGCCUACCGAUUUCAAAACUAGAGUUUGAGUUUGAGAGGCGAAGGGUGACUAAGGAGGAUGUUAGGGAAUUGAUAUAUCGAGAAAUCCUUGAAUAUCAUCCUCAGUUGCUCAAAGACUACUUGAACGGAAAUGAAGGUUCUAAUUAUAUUUAUCCCAGUGCUAUCGGUCAAUUUAAGAAGCAGUUUGCACAUCUGGAGGAAAAUUGUGGUCGGAGUGGACCGGUCAUCCCUCUCGAGAGGAAACACAUCUCCCUUCCAAGGUCGACGGUACACUCUAGUACCAUACCUCCCAAGCCACAGCCGAUGGCACCUUCGUACAGAGACCAUCAAAUUAAAGAAGAGACGAGAGCAUCUGAAAGUUACGGAAGUUUAUCCAGCUCUUCAAGACAGCAAUCAAGAGUUCCAUCAGCAGCAAGGCCAGGGAGAGUUGUAGGACCUGUUGUAGCAUACGAGGCUGGUAGAAGCAUGAAGGAAGGAUACGAUGCUGCUAGGACUAAUGUGCUAAACGCAGCGUUAGCACAACAGACGGCCACACCGUCACCACAAUACUACUACCGACCAAACAUGACUCCGUCUCAAUCCAAGCCUGUUGCUGAAAAUGUCGCAUGGACCAAACAGCAGCAGCUGCCUGUACAGACAACACAUGGAAUUGCUAUUGACAUCAAAACUAACCCGUAUCAACAAUCUCAGACAAAACCCGAACAAUAUAACAGUAGCAGAAUCGCGCUUGAUGCUAAGCUUAUGCAAGCUCAAACCCAGUUUGGUGCUUCUGCUGUUGCAAUGGCGGCUCACAGAAAUGUCGGCACCGUUCAAUAUGGAAUGUCAUAAAUAAUUCUAACUCUCUUGCCUUAGGGUUAAAAGGUACCGGGCUUGUGUUUGGGCUCAAGCUCAGCCUUGGAGUGGUUAUUCUAUAUUAGGUUGAGGUUGUAUGUCCUCCCUUGUCAUGGAUUGCUAAUUAUUACUGCCCGUUCCGUCGGAGAAUAUGUAGUAUGUUAACAUCAUUUGUAUUGUACCUUGUUAGUAUAUUGCUAGAUCAUCCUCAGCUAAUAUUUCACCGUUUGAGUAUAGACGAUUAGAAAAUGUAAAUAAAAAAAUUUAAUCUAAUUAGUUGCGUUUUAUAA